AUGUCGAGAUCCUCCAUCUUCUUCACGUUAGCAACCCUAGCUCUUCUCUUUUUAUCAUCGGCCGUCGCUGAUGUUGUCGUACUCACUGAAGACAACUUCGAGAAGGAGGUCGGUCAAGAUCGUGGCGCACUCGUUGAGUUCUACGCUCCAUGGUGUGGGCACUGUAAAAAGCUUGCUCCUGAAUAUGAAAAACUUGGUGCAAGCUUCAAAAAAUCAAAAUCUGUUUUGAUCGGAAAGGUGGACUGUGAUGAGCAUAAGGGUGUUUGUAGCAAAUUUGGUGUUUCUGGUUACCCCACCAUCCAGUGGUUUCCUAAGGGAUCUUUGGAACCCAAAAAGUAUGAAGGAGCACGUACUGCUGAAGCACUUGUUGAGUUUGUAAAUUCUGAAGGAGGGACCAGUGUAAAGAUAGCUUCAGUUCCCUCAAGUGUUGUAGUACUAAACUCUGAUAACUUUGAGGAGAUUGUAUUGAAUGCUAAAAAGGAUGUGUUGGUUGAAUUCUAUGCACCAUGGUGUGGCCAUUGCAAGAGCCUUGCUCCUGUUUACGAAAGUCUUGCAUCAGCCUAUAAAAAUGAGGAAGAUGUAGUUAUUGCCAAUCUUGAUGCUGACAAUUAUAAGGAUCUUGGUGAAAAGUAUGGUGUAAGUGGUUUCCCAACAAUUAAGUUCUUCCCAAAGAAGAACAAAGAUGGUGAAGACUAUGAAGGUGGACGCGAUAUAGAUAGCUUUGUGACCUUCAUCAAUGAGAAAUGUGGCACUAGCCGUGAUGCCAAAGGCCAACUUACUUCCACUGCUGGUUUAAUUGCAGAAUUGGAUAGCUUAGUGAAGGAGUUUGUGACUGCUGGAAGUGAUGAAAAGAAAGCAUUAUAUAGCAAGAUUGAGGAGGAAGUUGGGAAACUCACUGGUUCUGCUUCAAGAUAUGGAAAGAUUUAUGUGAAAGUUGCCAAAAGUAGUCUGAGCAAAGGUGGUGAUUAUGCUAAGAACGAGAUCCAACGUUUAGAGCGUAUUCUUUCUAAGUCGAUUAGCCCUUCAAAGGCGGACGAAUUUACACUCAAGAAAAACAUAUUAUCUGCUUUUGUUUGAUAAAUGAGUGGAAUCAGUGGUUACUACGAG